AUGGCGGGCACUGACGACGGGCAGUCGCUCAGCUGGGCGAGGCCCCAGCUUGAGAACGAGCUGCUAGAGGAGAGUAUGCCGCAGCCCGGCCAGCUCCUGCUCUUCCUCGUGCGCGACGACGAGGGGGAGCCACAGGGGCACGCGCUGGCGCGCGUGGAGUCGUUGGGCCCGCUGGAUUCGGAAGGGGCCGAGAUCGACCUCACUGUGAUCUCUGCUUCCGACGGCUACUACUGGUGGUGGAUCGGGGCCCAGGCGUCCCCGGCAAAACACCACCUUUGCCGCGGCGCGUCGGAGAGUUGCCUAGGUGGUUCCAUGGAGCACGAGCUCAUCCACAUCGACGAGUUCAGGGUCAUGGAGCGCAGGCAGGCGCAGGUCUUGCACACGCGCUGGAUCGGUAGAAGCCCCGACUUGCCGCCCGUACUGGCCUCUCCGCUCUCGCAGGUGAUCAUCCCAGUCUGGUUGAUGAAGACGAUGGGGCGGGCGAUUUCUCGGGGAGCGAGGUCGAGCCUUCUGGGGCCGAGCGUGAUGGCGACCGAGAUGGGCUGCUUGAACGGCGGCGGCGCGGCCUACGAGGUGCUCGCGGUCGCGGUGGUGGCGGGGCUGCCGUUCUGCCGGGACGACCUCCGCAGCGGAACAGAAUUGGAAGAGGGUUCUUCUCCCGAUGAUGCGGAGCCCGAUGAUUCCAAGGCUCUGGUCAAGGUUUUGGCGCGGGCACUCCGGAAGGUGUCCACAAGCUCCAGCGGCGACGACGACGUGCUCUUCGAGAGCGACGAUGGCGCCGGAGGUAGUUCAGCCUUGCCAUCGUCGUGGUCCGGGAAGCGUACUGUUUUGAAGCGGCCCGUACGGACCCUGCCCGGCAAGAUUUCAGAACGGGAGUGCGAGUACACGUUGGAGCACUUGGACGAAGACGACGUGAACUUCGACAACCGCUCAGUGCCCAAGGCUGUGGUCUUGAAGUUCUUGCAGAGACUCUUCAUGAAGGACAAGACGGCCACGGGGGUCGGCGAGGGCAGGUACCGGGAGAUGCGGACUAUCGCAACUUCUUUGGACUUGUUGAUGUCGGGGAAGGCCCUCGAGGAGGUCAAGAAGGGGAACACGCUCGUAUCGAAAUGGUUCGAGCUUCUGCCGGUGGACUUGGACGGCUCCUCGUUGAGCGCCCACGACGAGGAGUUUGCGACCACCGUCGCCGAGGGAGAGACGAAGAUGAAAGCGUUUCUCGGCAAGAUCGGGCGCGUGCAGGGGAGGCCCCUGGCCUUGCCGCCUGGAGCGCCCCUCGCCUUGCUGGACGCCGCGGCCAGAGCUCGCGACAGGGGGGCAUCGACACGGACGAAGGCCACGAAUCCGAAUGCGACUGGCACGGUGGAACUCAGCCCGGAGGACGGCGCCCCCGCCGGGCUUUUUGCCUUGGCGAAGGCGCCGGUGGCGCCUCGAGCUGGGGAGGCCGCGCAGACCACCGUCUGCGACAUAGGCCUCUCGCUGCUCGUGGGCUCGCGGGAGUUUCCGGGCCGCCUCGGUAAGUUUUUCAGGGAAUUCGAACCAUGCAGGACGCCAUCCGAGGCCGGGGCGAGGACGUCUAGGAACAUAUUGCAAUUUCCCUCUUAUUACCCGGCCCAGUUUUUGGGAAAGGUCGAACGGCUACGAGCUGUCGGCGCACCUAUCCCACACGAGUACACCGAGGCUGGCAGGAUCUACCUCGCCACGAUGAAGCUGAGCUAUUUGCAAUGUGGUGCACUGGAUGCUUCAGCCUGGGCUCACCCGGCAAAGUCCACGCUGGGGCAAGCGGUAGCCAUCGAUAGCAUCACGGCGGCCACCACUUGGUUCCUCGGCCAGUCCGCUUCUGAAGGUCGGUUCGUCGCCCCACGCCAGCUCUUGGAUUUCUGCGACGAAGACGCACGGGAAUGGUUGCGGCGGCGGGAGCUCUGCUGUCUCCCGGAGUAUCAGUGGCCCAGCGAUCCUCCCAGGGCGCAGGUGCACGUGGUUAGCGACCCAGAGCAUUUCCAGAUCGUCCGCUUCCUUUUUGACAUUGGGGUCGCCAAGUUGAUCGACGAAAGCGAUAUCUUCCAUCACCGUGGGAGGAUGUUCGGCGUGCCCAAGUCGGGCUCAGCGCCCGAUGGACCCUCCACGGCACUGCGCCCCAUCAUCAACUUGGGCACCAUUCGCAGCUACCUGCGCCAGAUUUACAGGAACGCGGGCACCCUCCCGGCCGCUCCGCAGUGGGCGAAGACCGCCCUGGACGAGGGCGAGAACAUCUAG